AGCAGACUAGGGCUUAGACUCCAUGCCCUGGGGAAUCCCAGACUGUGGAUCCAUAGAGCUACUGUUAGAUCGUGACACGGACAUAGUACAGGAGAUGACCAGAGACUGCAGAAUUAGUACAGGAGAUGACCAGAGACUGCGGACAUAGUACAGGAGAUGACCAGAGACUGCGGACAUAGUACAGGAGAUGACCAGAGACUGCGGACAUAGUACAGGAGAUGACCAGAGGCUACAGGCAGGAGAUGACCAGAGACUGCGGACACAGUACAGG